UAUCCUUCUAUUUCUCUUUGGUUGCCUUUAACUCAAAAUGACAAGACUCUCACUAACUGCUAUUGUCCUAGCCAUCUCUGCAGUGACCCUGGCCCAGGCACAAGGUCCCGAAUGUUCCGGUAGCAUCAAACCCAUAAGUCAGGGUGACCUUGAAGCUAUCAAGAACUGUAAGGUCUUCACUGGCUCAAUUCUUAUCGAUGCCACCCAAGAGGCCUUCCUGACUCUUAACGGGGUCGAGGAAAUAACCGGCGAUCUUAUUGUCCAAUCAAGCGUUGACCUCAAGUCAUUCAGUGCACCCCAGCUAAAGGUCGUCCGGGGGGAGCUCAAGCUGCAGAACCACACUAUCCUUGAACGUGCAGACCUACCUGCCCUGGUCGAAGCAAAGGGACUCACCCUGGCAAUCUUGCCAGGUCUUCAAAUCAUCCAGUUCCCCAGCGGUCUCAACAAGGUCGAGUCUGUUAGAAUCGAAGACACCCGUGCACCAGCCGUCACUGGCCUGGGUCCCGAGACCAUGGACACUUUUAUUCUCACAAACAACAAUUACAUGCGCCAGUUUGAUCUCUCAACCGUCAAGCAAAUGACCGGCACACUCUUUAUCACCUCUAAUGGCCAAGGUCUUGACUUUGGGGCGACCAAUCUGGCCACUCUCCGCAGUGCCACAUUCCGCAACCUUGCUCAGCUCAACCUGCCUGUUCUCACAACAGUGGCAGCGGAUAUUUCAUUCCACCAAAAUGAAUUCACCAAGCUUUCUCUUGAUGGCCUUGAGAUGAUCGGUGGCACGAUGACUCUGGCAAACAAUGACCGGCUCACUGAGACCUCGUUCAAGAGUCUGUUCAAGAUCGGUGGUGCUCUGUCGAUCGGCAACAACACCCAGCUCAAGGCCAUCGACGGCUUCUCUAAAUUGUCCGAGGUAGAUGGAACAAUUGACCUCGCAGGUGCCUUUGACUUGUACGCCAUGCCAGCCAUCCAAGAUAUCCGCGGUGGAAUGCGGCUCCAGACCUCAAGUUCGGUUUUCCCUUGC